AUGAUGAAAAUUCCUUUAUCGCCAACUUUAUUACAAUUUGAAAGUAUAUUUUAAUCAAAUCAAAAUUUCUGGUCUUUAUGCCCUUAAGACUCAAUUAAAUAUGACUUAGAGAAAAGGUUCAUAGUAAUUAUUAAUUCAACAAUAAAAAUAAAGAAACUAAGAAUAGGUGGUGGCUAUAUCUAAUAUUCAGAUAAUGUAUUAAAUAUAUUAUACAUGUAGAAAUAUAUUGAUAUUCACAAUAUAGAAAUGCAAUUAACUCGAAAUUCUUAGAUUAAUUCGCCUGGAGUUAAAUUAACAAGACAAAAUUAUACAUUAGAAAUUUAUGGUGAUAUAGAUGAUUGGGUCGAUUAUUUAAAACCAUUCUCAAUAUAAUUCUACUUUUAAUAAAGAUAUACGAUUUAGAAAAAAAUUGAAAAAGGAACAUUAUAAAAUUGGUUUACUGUUAGAUGCAAAUCUACUUCCCUUGAGUACUCUGUUCAAAUAGUAGAAAAAAAUAAUAAUUUAAAUAGAAGAAUUUUCAUAUAUAACUUAUAACUAUUGAGAAAUCUAAAAUUGCACAAUCUAAUAAAAAUGAAAGAAAUAUUUGAAAGUAGGAAUUUGAUUUAUAUUGUUUAUGAAAAUAUUGAAGGAACUAAUAUUGACGAUUUAAGAUUGGAUAAAUAAUUAACUGAGUUUGACAUUUCUACAAUAAUGAGAAUUUUGUUUACAAUACUUGAGUAUUUACAUUUAAAUAAUGUUGUCCUUGGUCAAAAAGCUAUUGUUUAAAAUUUAUAUUUGAGGAACCCAAAAGAUUGGUCAUCUGUAUAUUUUAUUGAUCAUUUUGAUAUUCAAAGUUAGUAUUGUAAUAAUAAUGAUUUUUAUUCAAAGGCAUAAAAUGAUAUAAACAGUUUAGGUAAUAUUAUGAAAUAUCUUUUGGAUUAUAAUAAUGAUGCAGCAAAACUUUAUAGUUAUGAAUUAUAAGAAUGGUCAAAGCAGGCUUUUGAUUUCUAUCAAAAAAUUAAUGAUAUAACUAAAAAUUACUCAUCAUAUGAUGCACUUUAACAUCCAUUUAUCUUUUAAAGUUCCAAAUUGAUAGUUGGAAGCUUUAAUUCUCGAAAAUUAUUUCACAUGAGCUAAUUAGGAAUAUAAUCAUUAGAAAUUUCAACUGAACUGAAUUCAAAUAAUUAAUCAAACUCGAAUAGUCCAAUAAAAAAAGGAAAAAAAAUAAUAAAAAUUAAGCCUGCAAUUUCAUCCCCUGCUUCUCCUAUCCAAAAAGCAACAUUUGAAGAAUAAAGUUCUUAAGGUUCUAUUGAUGUAAAAGCAAUUUUAGAAAAAUAUUUAGAUGUUAAAAAAUCAGAUAUUAUAAUUGAACCAUAUAUUGAAUAAAGCCCUUUAAAAAAGCAGGGUAAUAGCUUUAAAUUAACUUCAAAAAAAAUUACAUCAUAAAACUCAGCUUUCAUAAAAGAGAAAUCUAAUUUUUUUUAAAAUUCCAUGUUAAAAAAAUCAGCAAGAAAAAUAGAUAGUAUACAUUAAAAAAAAUAUUUAGAAUAAUCGACAAAUAAAAAAUCUACCUUAGAACUAUGA